GCAGAGAGAGAGAGAGACUGCAAGGAGAGUAAGUGAGGGAGCAAAGAAAGGGAAGGAAGCUUGCUUUGUAUUCUGCUGAAGGUUGCAGUCAGAAAUAGAACAUACAGCAAUCACUGUGGUUUGAGUGCUAUUUAGGAGACAAUAUAUGCUCACUUUUACUAACUCGACUGCUGUGUGAGAGAAAUGACAUCUUGCUGCUGGUUCUACAUAUUCUUUAUUUUUGGAACAAAUUUUAUCCAUUGUACUUCAGAAAAUCAGGAUUCUGGACAUGAAGUCAUAUGCCCUCUGGGAUAUUUCCCUUGUGGCAAUAUAACAAAGUGUUUGCCUCAACUUCUUCACUGUAAUGGUGUGGAUGACUGUGGGAACCAGGCUGAUGAAGACAACUGCGGAGACAACAAUGGAUGGUCUCAACAAUUUGAUAAGUAUUUUGCAAAAUACAAUGAAAUGACUUCCUCACAUGCUUUUGAGGUAAAGACAUCGGAGUGCUUGGUUGAUUCUGUGCCAGCAGAAUGUCUGUGCCGAGGGCUAGAGCUUGACUGUGAGGGUGCCAAUUUACGCUCUGUCCCGUCAGUCUCUUCAAAUGUAACUCUGAUGUCCCUUAAACGGAAUCAGUUAAGAAAGCUUUCUGCUGAUAGUUUCAAGAAGUACCAGGACCUUAAAAAUCUGUUUCUUCAGAAUAAUAAAAUCAGAGCUGUAUCAGAACAUGCUUUCAAAGGAUUAUACAACCUGACAAAACUGUAUCUGAGUCACAACAAGAUAACCCUUUUAAAGCCUGGUGUCUUUGAAGAUCUGCAUAAGCUUGAGUGGCUGAUAAUUGAAAAUAACAAGAUCAAUCAGAUCUCUCCACUAACAUUUCAUGGACUCAACUCACUUAUUCUCCUAGUGCUGAUGAAUAAUUCUCUUGCGCGUUUGCCUGAUAAACCUCUUUGCCAACACAUGCCCAGGUUACAUUGGCUGGACUUUGAAGGCAAUCAUAUACAUAAUUUAAGAAAUGUCACUUUCAUCUCCUGCAGCACUCUAACCGUACUGGUGAUGAGAAGAAACAAAAUCAGCUCCUUAAAUGAAAACAGCUUUUCCUCUCUCCAGAAGUUAGAUGAACUAGACUUGGCUAGCAACAAGAUUGAAUCACUUCCUCCAUACCUAUUUAAGGAUCUGAAGGAGCUCUCACAGCUGAACCUUUCAUACAACCCCAUCCAGAAAAUACAAGCAAACCAGUUUGAUUACCUACUAAAACUCAAAUCCCUCAGCCUGGAGGGCAUUGAAAUUACAAAUAUUCAAAGAAGGAUGUUCAAACCACUUAGAAAUCUCUCCCACAUAUAUUUUAAGAAAUUCCAGUAUUGUGGAUAUGCCCCCCAUGUGCGCAGCUGUAAGCCAAAUACCGAUGGGAUUUCAUCCUUUGAGAAUCUCUUAGCUAGCACUGUACAGAGAGUGUUUGUCUGGGUUGUUUCUGCUGUCACUUGCUUUGGAAAUAUCUUUGUUAUCUGCAUGCGGCCUUACAUCAGAUCUGAGAACAAGCUCCAUGCCAUGUCAAUAAUGUCUCUCUGCUGUGCUGACUGCCUGAUGGGAAUAUAUUUAUUUGUGAUUGGAGCCUUUGACGUUAAAUAUCGUGGAGAAUACAACAAGCAUGCUCAGUUGUGGAUGGACAGUAUCCACUGCCAAUUGGUGGGCUCAUUGGCUAUUCUGUCCACAGAGGUGUCCGUUUUACUGUUGACUUACCUGACUUUGGAAAAAUAUAUAUGCAUAGUUUACCCUUUUAGGUGUUUGAAGACAGGAAAAUGCAGGACAAUUUCCAUUUUGAUUCUCAUCUGGGUUAUUGGCUUUGUGGUUGCUUUUAUUCCACUGAGCCACAAGGAAUUUUUCAGAAACUACUAUGGCACCAAUGGGGUCUGUUUUCCUCUUCAUUCAGAACAGGCAGAAAGUACAGGAGGCCAGAUUUAUUCUGUUGUUAUUUUUUUAGGUGUAAACUUGGCAGCUUUUAUCAUCAUUGUGUUUUCCUAUGGAAGUAUGUUUUACAGUGUUCACCAAACAGCCAUCACAGCAACUGAAAUCCGGAAUCAUAUUAAAAAAGAGAUGACCCUUGCUAAACGGUUUUUCUUCAUUGUUUUCACUGAUGCAUUAUGCUGGAUUCCCAUCUUUAUUUUGAAAUUGCUUUCUUUACUUCAAGUAGAAAUACCAGGUACUAUAACUUCCUGGGUGGUGAUUUUUAUACUGCCCAUAAAUAGUGCUUUGAAUCCUCUCCUCUACACUCUGACCACACGACCAUUCAAAGAAAUGAUACAUCAGGUUUGGUAUAAUUACAAACAAGGAAAAUCCAUAGGAAGCAAAAGCAGUCAGAAAACAUAUGGCCCAUCAUUUAUCUGGGUAGAGAUGUGGCCAAUGCAAGAGAUCACACCAGAGUUAACAAAGCCUGCUAUUUAUACAGACUCCUUUGAAACAUCAGUAUCCACGCAUUCCACAAGACUGAAUUCAUACAGAUAAAUGUUUUGAAUAGUCACAGUAAAAUUUGCACAGUCAUCUUUGAUGUGGACUCACUGUUUUAUAGCAACAAGGAAAAAGCUGUAACACGGAUUCGCAUCAGUGAUGGCCAAGUCGUCAAAUCAGAAAGAGACAACAGAGAGUGAACUUAACAGUACAUACAUUUUUGACGAGCCUUAGGAAGUAGUAGCCAUAGGAAAAAAAUAUUUAUGCGAUUAAAAUUCCACUAACACUCCAAUUGUUUUUUUCAUUGUGGGGUUGGGCAGAUAAAGUCAAAAAGGUUAAAACUGUCACUUUGUAUCUUUCUAAAUUCUAAAAUGUAAUUCAUAUGCAGUCUAUUGUUAGAUGACUAGAUUGCUAGCAAUAUAAAAGUUAACUAUGAAUGGCUAUGCAGCUUCCUAAACUUUAGUCAGUUGCAAUAUUUUUCUGAAGAGUUACUCAUAGGUCAGGCACUGGACACCAACUACAAUGAUUCAGAUUUAUGAAUAUUUUAAAAAGGUACAAUGUUGAGCUAAGUUUUGGGGGAUCCCAACUGGAGCAAUCAGGCAGAUUCUCCAUAUGUGUAUGUCAGAUUUUUAUUUUUUUUUAAGACACUUUUUGAUAUUAUGAAAGAAAGGGAUACUGGAUAAGGAGACUUUCAAUAACUGGCUUGUGGCCAGCUGAGUUCCCAAGAUAACACAGCUGGAGGAAAUGCUCUUCUGCAUUUACACUUCAAAGCUUUAUUUAAAAGAAGCAAAAAGAUGUUUUUAAUGUUUGCACUCAACUUCUUAAAAGAUACAAGAAGUAAAAUAUAGUGUGACUCACACUUUACUGUUUACAAAACUCUGAAAUAUGUUAGAAUCAAAAACAGAACAGAUGUGUAUCAUGUUUCCGCUACUGUGUAUAUUGAUUUAUUUGGAAUAAAGAUUUAUCUGCUGAUCAAA